AAAGUUCCGGUAGAGUGGGAGCAGGCGCUGCGAGCGUGGUUUAUUUUCUUGUGAAACUACACGGGAGCUCAAUCUGAAAGAAAGGAAAAUAACGCAAUUUUCUACCGUUUUUCCAUGAGAGCAUAGCCGAGGCGAUUUCCUCGCAUUCGCAGCAUCACACGUAGCAUCAGGUGGACGGUAGAUGAGGCAGAAAAAAUGGAGAUCCAUCAAUUAGAACUCGUAUGCAAGGAGAUGUACGAAUCGACGGAUCAUGCUAGACGGGCUGAGGCUGAAAAGACACUGGUGGCUUUUCAGGAUAGCCCAGAUGCUCUCACACAGUGUCAGUUGCUCCUUGAUCGUGCAGAUUCGGCCUAUUCGCAACUUCUGGCCGCCACGACGCUCACAAAAUUGGUGUCCCGGAACAUUCAGGGCCUGACCCUGCUCCAGCGCAUCGAUAUCCGGAAUUAUGUGCUCAACUACUUCCUCAGCCGGCCGAAUCUGCAGAAUUUCGUGAUACAGGCCCUGGUGACUCUGCUGGCGAAAAUCACCAAAUACAGCUGGUUCGAUCUGUACAAGAAUGAACUGGUCUUCCGGAAUAUUGUGGAGGAUGUCAGGAGCUUCCUGCAGGGUUCUGUGGAGCACUGUAUGAUUGGCGUGCAAAUUCUCUCGCAGCUCACCAGUGAGAUGAAUCCCAUGGUGGAGGUGGAUGCCAAUCUCACCUUUACGAAGCACAGAAAGAUUGCAUGUAGCUUCCGUGAUACUCAGCUCUACGAAAUUUUCCUGCUGUCGUGCUCUCUGCUGGGAUCUGCACGGGAGAACAACAAGAAUCUGAAUUUCCUCGAUGAUGCUCAGAAUGGCCUGAUGACGCAGGUUCUGAGACUGGCGCGGAAUUGCCUGAGCUUCGACUUUAUCGGCACGUCCACCGAUGAGUCCACGGAUGAAUUGUCAACUAUACAGAUUCCAACAAGUUGGCGUCCAGUCUUUCUCGAUCUCAACACCCUAAAUCUCUUCUUUGACCUCUACGACAUCCUACCGAAUACCCUGUCUAGUCUGGCCCUGUCGUGCCUGGUGCAGAUCACCUCUGUCCGGCGAUCACUUUUCAGUAACACCGAACGAGCCAAGUUCCUGGCUGCCUUGGUGCGUGGUGUUAAGAAUAUCCUGGAGAAUUCGAAGGGAUUCAGCGAUCCGGAGAAUUACCAUGAAUUCUGUCGGCUGUUGGCUAGACUCAAGUCCAACUAUCAGCUGGGAGAGUUGGUGACUGUGGAUUGCUAUCCGGAAGCCAUUCAGCUGAUUGCUAAAUUUACCAUUCAGUCACUGCAGAUGUGGCAGUUUGCGCCAAAUAGCGUCCACUACCUUCUCUCGUUGUGGCAGAAAAUGGUGGCUUCUGUGCCCUUUGUCAAGUCCACCGAACCCCAUCUCCUGGGCACCUAUACGCCCGAAAUCACCAAGGCCUACAUCACUUCCCGUCUUGAGUCUGUGGCUGUGAUUGUGCGCACUGGCCAGGAGGAUCUGCUGGAUGAUCAGGGCAUGGUGCAGCAGCAAUUGGAGCAGCUUUCCGUGAUUGAACGCUGUGAAUAUGAGAAGACUUGUGCUCUCCUUGUGCAGCUUUUCGAUCAAACUGCCAACACGUACCAGCAAUUACUGUCGUGUCCGGAACCCAAUAAAAUCGAUGUGACCAUCCAGGAGGGGCAACUGACGUGGUUGGUGUACAUCAUUGGCUCAGUGAUUGGGGCUAGGGUCAGUUUCUCCGUCAACGAUGAGCAUGAUGUAAUGGAUGGCGAGUUGAUAUUUCGUGUGCUGCAGCUGAUGAAUCUCACAGACUCCAGACUGCCACAGGCGGGCUGUGUGAAGCUGGAGUUGGCUAUUAUGAGCUUCCUGGAGCAAGUGCGUAAGACUUACAUCAGCGAACAGAUGCAUAAGGUGUACAAGCGACUGUCGGAAGUGUUGGGACUCAAUGAUGAACCCAUGCUUCUGAGUGUUAUCAACAGGAAAAUUAUCAAGAACCUAAAGUACUGGGGCGAAUCGGAGCAGAUCAUCAGGAAGACCCUCAAUCUUCUCAAUGAUCUAUCAUCGAGCUAUAGCUGCGUGAGGAAACUCGUGAAGCUCGAUGAGAUUCAGUUUAUGCUCAACAAUCAUACGAGCGAACACUUCCAAUUCCUGGGCACAAAUUGUGAUGUGUCGGAGAUGCGAAUGAGGAGUAUGUUCUAUUCGUCGUUGGGUCGUUUGCUGAUGGUGGACUUUGGGGAUGAUGAGGAGCGUUUCUACACAUUUAUGCUGCCGAUGACGACGCAGUUUGAGUCAAUCGGUGCCAUGCUGAUGGACGUGAGCAAUGGUUAUCCGACGGAUGAGGCCAAGAAGGCUCUAAUUGGGCUUUCGCGGGAUUUGAGGGGUUUGGCGUGUGUUCUUGGUACAAAAUCAGCCUACAUGAUGUUCUUCGAGUGGAUCUAUCCUGACUACACGCCAAUUCUCAUUCGAGCAAUUGAGCUGUGGGGUCAUGAUCCCACCGUCACGACGCCCAUUCUCAAGCUCUUUGCCGAAUUUGUGCACAAUCGCUCGCAGCGGCUGCAUUUUGAUGUUUCUAGUCCAAAUGGUGUUCUGUUGUUCAGGGAAGCAUCAAAGGUCAUUUGCACCUACGGAAGUCGCGUGUUGACUUUGGAAGUGCACAAGAAUCAGGAGUACCAGAUGCGUCUCAAAGGAAUGUCAGUUUGUUUUCUCAUGCUAAAGUCAAUUCUCUGUGGGAAUUAUGUCAAUUUUGGUAUUUUCAAACUCUACGGAGACGAUACCCUGGACAAUGUUCUCAACACAACAGUCGAAAUGAUCCUCUCGAUACCUCACAAUCAUCUUUUGGAAUAUCCGAAAUUAAGUCAGUCUUACUACGUCCUUUUGGAGUGCUUAGCUCAGGACCACAUAACAUUUCUGGCCACUCUGGAACCCCGUGUAUUCCUCUACAUUCUCGAGAGUAUAGCUGAAGGGCUCAAGGCACUAGGUUCGAUGAAAUUUCCUUCUAAUUUUACAGAUACAAUGGUUUGCACAGGAUGCUGCUCCACAUUGGAUCACAUAGUUUCGUAUAUAUUUAAACAACUUGCAAACAAAGUUUCAACAUUCCCUGGAAAGAAAAUUCGUCGUGAAGUGGCUGCCCAGAAUGAUACAUUCUUGAAGGUGAUGGAACUGCAUCCGGAGAUACUGCAGAACAUUCUCUCAAUCCUCCUCAAUAUCAUCAUCUUCGAAGACUGUAGAAAUCAAUUUUCAAUGUCUCGGCCACUUUUGGGUCUUAUUCUACUCUAUGAAGACUAUUUCAGACAACUGAAAGCUAAUAUAAUCCAGAAUCAGCCCAUUGAUAGGCAACAAACAAUGGCUCAGUGGUUUGAUAAUUUGAUGGAUGGCAUCGAGAGGAAUUUACAUACGAAAAAUCGUGACAGAUUCACGCAAAAUUUGUCACUGUUUCGACGCGAUAUCAAUGAUUUACUGAAAUCGUCCAAUUUUGCGGGAAUUUCCUCCAUCAGUGACAUGGUCGUUUCCUAGUGUUCUCCUGUCCGUGAUGAGAAUCCCUUCUGCUGGAUUAGCUCCAAUGUGGUGUACUUGUGAAGCCGGAAAAUAGAUCCAACCAUAAUGUUUUGGGUCUAAUACGCAAGUUAGUUUAAAUGAGAAAAAGAUAAAGAAAAAAAAUCAUUACAAUUUUUGAUUGAAUUGUUACAUUUAAGAAAGUUAAGGAAGCUCUUUUUUCACAAAUUUGCAUUUUCAAAACGUGCCCAUUUCUUUAAUUCUCCUCCAUUAAAAAAAAACCAAAAUUGAAAAUUGUAUCAAAUUCUUUUUAGGAACAAGAAAAAAAUGAAAGAAAAUAUUCAACAAAUUCCCCAUUGAUGUUCACUGUGUAAAUGUUCUCUUUUUUUUAAAAAAUUGCCAUUGGGUGGAGAUUUUUUCUGAUGAAUGAUACGAAUGAUUUUUUUGUGUGGGUGAUUGAGAAGAAAUUCGAUGUUUUUAUUAGGAAUUUAAAAAAAAAUCAUUAAAGGUGUUUAUGUUCAUAAUAAAAGUAAAAAAAAAAAGAAAACGUGAUGUGAAUGAAUGAGAAGAUAUUUAACAGUUUAAAAGAAAAAUUAACAAAAUUUUAAGAAAAAAAUCAGCAAUAUUUUGUAAAGUAAGAACCGUUCAUUUCCCCCUCAAAGAAAAAAAAACACACAUCCACCAAAUUGUAAAGAAAAAAAUAGCUGAGAUAUUUCAGAACAUAGUAGAAUAUAUUUUUAGUGCGAAUGGCGAAAAAAUUAUCACAUAAAAAUGUUUUCUUUUUUGUAAGGAGAAAAAGGCAAAAACAAACCAUUAUUUAGGAGGAUUUACAGUGAGAAUCGAAGAAAAUAAACGUGUAGUGAUUGAUAAAGUUUCAUCUAAAAG